CGCUGCAGAUCCAUCUAGGCUACGGUUUUCUUUACUACGUAGCAAAUGGGUUGAAGAGUGGAGACGGGGCGUAAUCAUUUUGUAUCAUAGAGUUUUCUUGUAUUUCAACGGCUUUCUGGCAUCAAUAUGGCUCUAUGGCUAGAUGGCUAUUAUGCUUUGUUCUCGUGGUUGGAUCGAAAGCGGUCUCGGAACAACUGAGCUCAGACCGCGUCCUUCAAACGAUCUCCUUUUCCCCAAGUUCCCAGGCCUCUUCCGCACACCAAUGCAACCAAUCCUCCUCGUCAACAACGCUCUGCUCCCACAUUGGGCCAUCACGAACGACUCGGCCAUCCGUGGCAUGUUCCGCUGUCAAGGUAGUUCAUCUGAAGAUCCAUCUUCAUUCUCGCGAUGUCUUCAACACGGUGUUUCCCACACAACCUACCGUAGACGUCACAAUCUCUCGGAACUUGCCAGCCGAUAUCACAUGCCCUAAUUCAUCCCUAGCGGUUCUCUGCGUCGAUGCCUCAUCCGCCGACCUCGAAUCGCGUGAGUUUGUGGAUGCUUUGCAAGACAGAGUCACUCGAAGCACUUACAAAUUCGCCCACGUCCAUCUCCUCAUCUGGCUGCGCGAACGGGACCCAUCACCCUUCCUCCAGCUGCAAAUUCUCCUGUUGGGAACAAGCGGGAUCCAGAUGCAUCCGGUACACUCGACUGCGGAGGUGCGGGAUGUGGUGAUGAAGAUUGCGUGGUUGGCGAGUCAGGAGGCUGCGGGGGUUGUGCAGGGGAAGAUUACUCAGAUGAUGGAGGAGCUCCCGCAAGUGAACAUAACUUCCCAAGGCGCCUGGUUGCCGCUCAUCACGCUCAUGUCCGGCACAGCUACACGGUUGAAACCUCAUGACUGCUUCGUAAUCCAAGAAGGCGCUCAAACCUUCGCCAACAUCGCCCGAGCGAGCGUUGCGCAGUUGCGGGAUUUCUCGCUGGAUAAGGGCACCGCGAUUGCUGUGCGGGCGUUCUUUGAGGAGGAGACUGUCAUUUGAGACGUGCAGCAAACCUAUGAAGUGUGCGGUGGAGAGCAGCGUUGAGUAGUAUGGUAGCCUGUGAUACGUAUAUAAGUGGGUGGAUUUGCGAUGUCUUGUGCUGUGCGGUAUGAUAGGCAUUUGGAUCUAUCG